UUCGCGAGAAGCAGCAAGUCCCGCGCUUGCGCACUGCGGCGGUGGCCUGUGGCGCGGUCGGCGUGUGAAGGGGUUUAGGUGGUGUGAAGGCCAGCGCCGCCUCGACCUGUGGUCACCAUGAGCGGGACCUUAGCGAAGAUCGCGGAGAUCGAAGCCGAGAUGGCUCGGACUCAAAAGAACAAGGCUACAGCGCAUCACCUUGGGCUGCUUAAGGCUCGCCUUGCCAAGCUUCGAAGAGAGCUCAUCACUCCGAAAGGUGGUGGUGGUGGUGGGCCAGGAGAAGGUUUUGAUGUGGCUAAGACAGGUGAUGCUCGAAUUGGGUUUGUGGGUUUCCCAUCUGUGGGGAAGUCAACUCUGCUAAGCAAUCUAGCAGGAGUGUAUUCUGAAGUGGCAGCGUAUGAAUUCACUACUUUGACCACUGUGCCUGGUGUCAUCAGAUAUAAAGGUGCCAAGAUCCAGCUAUUGGAUCUCCCAGGUAUUAUUGAAGGUGCCAAGGAUGGGAAAGGCAGAGGUCGUCAAGUCAUUGCAGUGGCCCGAACAUGUAAUUUGAUCUUGAUUGUUCUGGAUGUCCUAAAACCCUUGGGACAUAAGAAGAUAAUUGAAAAUGAGUUGGAAGGCUUUGGGAUUCGCUUGAACAGCAAGCCCCCCAACAUUGGCUUUAAGAAGAAAGACAAGGGAGGCAUUAAUCUCACAGCCACUUGCCCUCAGAGUGAACUAGAUGCUGAAACAGUGAAGAGCAUUCUGGCUGAGUACAAAAUUCACAAUGCUGAUGUGACGUUGCGGAGUGAUGCCACAGCGGAUGACCUCAUUGAUGUGGUCGAAGGAAACAGAGUUUAUAUCCCCUGUAUCUAUGUAUUGAAUAAGAUUGAUCAGAUCUCCAUUGAGGAAUUGGAUAUUAUCUAUAAGGUGCCUCACUGUGUGCCCAUUUCUGCCCAUCACCGCUGGAAUUUUGACGACCUGUUGGAGAAGAUCUGGGACUAUCUGAAACUAGUGAGAAUUUACACCAAGCCCAAAGGCCAGCUACCAGAUUACACCUCCCCGGUGGUGCUGCCAUACUCCAGGACCACGGUGGAAGAUUUCUGCAUGAAGAUUCACAAAAAUCUUAUCAAAGAAUUUAAAUAUGCUUUGGUCUGGGGUCUCUCUGUGAAGCAUAAUCCUCAGAAAGUGGGUAAAGACCAUACAUUGGAAGACGAGGACGUCAUUCAGAUUGUGAAGAAGUGAACCUGCCUUCCCCUUCUGCUGGCCAGCCACAGCAAUGUUCCUUAGCACCAAGUACCCUUCUCAACCUUCUGUAUUUAGCAGCCAUUGGAUUGGGGUACAGGAGUGGAGAUGAAGACUCCAAAGUAGAACAUCAUUUGUCUUUGGUGGGGGUGGGGGUAGGGUCCCAUUUAUUUCAGGCUGGCCUUGAACUCUGUAGCUGAGGCUCACCUAGAAUUCUUUAUCCAUCAAUUUCCAUCUCCCAAGUGCUGGGCUUGCCAGUGUGUACCAGCAUCUCAGCAACAUUGCCUUUCUUACCUUGGUGUCACAUAUCUUGAACUGUAUAAAAACUCUGGUGGGCCCA